AGUAGACCAACUUCUUCCAUGGCUUCCUGUCAGUCUCCCUGUCCUUAGUAGUCCAGCACUCUUAAUUUCAACGGUAAGCUAAGGAAUAAGCUUUUGACUGACCGAGUAAGCAUUGCAGCGGUUGACGGUACAUUCAGCAACCAAGUAGGCGUUCCAGUGACUUGAGUCAGCAUUUCUGUGAUCAAACAAGGAGUUUCAGGGAUCAAGCAUAAUAGCGACGAAGUAUUUCGGAAUCUAGUCGUUUUAACGACUAAGCAUUUCAGCGACGAAGCAUUUCAGCAACUAAGCAUUUCAGCGACGAAGCAUUUCAGCAACUAAGCAUUUCAGCGACUAAGCAUUCAGCAUCAGGCAUCUCAGCGACUUGUUAAGUGUGAUCGCCGUCCCGCGCACCAGAGCGACCUGCCUGGCACAGGUGACGAGCAAUUACUCAGCAACGAGCACAUGUGGCGACGAGGCUUAGAUCCGCUGAGAAAGCUGACACGUGGCGACCUGCGAGGCGUGGGACAGAUUGACGCAUGGCGAGCUCUCGCAUCUUCCGUUCAUCCCACUCCUCUACCAGCACCAGCGCCGAGCCUCCCUAUUCACUCGAACGGACCUGCCGAAGCUGCUCGGUUGGCUCGGGCCGAAUCAGCGGCAGACGUCAGGCUGACAGCAGGGUUUUUAGCAGCGGCUGCUGCAGCAGCAGCAGCUGGCUCAGUCGUGGCCUUGGGAUUGUCGCCAGUGUAUGCCGAGGCACCAGAGGCGGAAAGCAGCAACUCUGAUGCGGGUGUAGGGCGAGAGGGCUCCAAUGGCGCUGUUGGGACAGCGCUGGUGGGAUCGGAAGGUGCAGGGCCCGUGGGGUCAGUUGGUGCGGGGCCAGUGGGGCCAGCAGUGGGCAACAAGCACACGGCACGAUGGCGGGUGUUCACAGACCGAGGCAGAGAGCUGUUCUCGCAGGGUCGCUUACGGGAUGCAGAGCGGUACCUGCAACGGGCAGUGGAGGAGGCGAAGGAAGGGUUUGGUCCCUCUGAUCCGCACGUGGCGUCCAGCUGCAACAACCUGGCGGAGCUAUACAGAGUCAUGGGCGAGUGGGCAGCAGCGGAGCGUUUGUUCCUAGAAGCAGCAGAGCGGCUGAGACAAGCUGAGAUGCCGCUGCCCCUAGCUGCCACCCUGCACAACCUGGGAGGGCUGUACCUGCAGCAGGGGAAACUGGGGCAGGCUGGAUCUGAUCAGGCUCAACUGGAGAAGGCUCGUGUGUGCUACGAGCUCAAAGCCAAGGAACUGGGGUUAUCUCAUGCAGACUAUGCCAACACUAUGUUCCAUCUAGCAGAGGUAUUCCGUCGGUUGGGCAGAUGGGAGGAAGCGCAGGCGCUGCUGCGAGGGUCCGUGAAGAUCCUCGAGGACAGUGGGGGCAGUCGAGGGACAGCAGCAAUGGCAAGGCGAAUGAUGCUUCUGGCACAGAUGCUCGUGCAGGCUGCAUCCACGCCCCCUGCUUCCCCUCCAUCUGCCACCACCUCCCCCGCGCCUAUGAAAGAGCAGCAGCACCAGCAGCACCAGCAGCAGCAGCAGCAGCAGCAGGGGCAGCAGAGGGGCAGUAUGGGCUUUAGUGAGGGGGACAUUGAGCUCCUGAGGGAGGCUGAGCGGCUGCAGAGACGGGCAAUACAUGCCGUGGAGAUGGCGGAGGGCACGGAGGCCCCUUCCCUGGCCGGCAUGCUGGCAUCUCUGGCUGCCACACUUGAGAAGCAGAAACGACUGGAGGAGGCACGUGAAUUUCUACUCAGGUCUCUCCAUCUGAGGCAGACUGCUCUUGGCUCGGACCAUUUCCUUGUAGCCAGCACCCUCACUCCUCUCGCUGCAGUCACACUCCAGAUGCUCACAAGGCAACGAACCAGUGCAGAUGCUUCCAAGGGCGAGCAAGCAAAGGAGGAUGCUGAGCAGAAGGAGCAGCUUGAGGACACAAUCCGUGCCAUGCAACGUGCUGUCAGAAUCGCCCGCAAGGCAUGGCAGCAAGCAGCAGAGAAGCUGAAUGAAGCACCAGCAGCAUCACCAGCAGCUGCAGCGGACGAUGCAAGAAGCGAGAAGGCAGAUCCGGCCCGAAUGAACCGGAGCAGACCACCCCCACCUGCCUGUCUCACUCUCCUUGUGCAGUCUCUGGCCACUUCAGCACGGACCUUUCUCACUGCCCUGUGCUGCAACCCCUCCCACACUCAGCAGAGGCAGCAGUUGUCAGAGCAAGCAGCCUCUGCUUUGAAGGAGCUUGUGCACACUCUCUCCACUGAGCCAGCACGAGCCCUGGUGGACUCCAGCCAUGGCUUGCGAGUAUCCUGCCUGUCUGCCCUCCAGCAACUCACUGCACACCUUCGGGACCACCUUAGAGAUGGCGAGGCUAGUAAGAAGGCAAUAAUCCACGCCCCUGCGGGGAAGGCUGCUUCCAACAGUGAUACAGGGAGGUCAAGGGAUAGUAGCAAAGCCUCGAUAGCGCUCAGCGAGAAACGUGGUGGGCGUGGUGAACGACAAGGAGAAAGUGGCGUGGAGCUGAAGGGCAUGGCUGAGCGGUUGGACUUGCUGAUUGGAUCGAUGACAGGCUAAGAUAUCAUAACUCAGUCACUAACCACUGAGUUAAAAGAGCUUGUUACCGGUACCAUCAGCGCCCGGAUAGAAGACCUGUGGGUCUUAUCAUAUCAAUCUUCACGAUUUUUUAAAAAGUCAUACAUGGGAAAAAAACACCAACUUGGGUGUCUUAUAAUCGGAAUUUGUAUAUGC